CUUGCACCUAUUUCUUAUCUCCUCCCAUUCUGCACUCGCACACAUUCCUGCCAUAAAAGCCACGAGCGGACAGGACCAAACCAUCUCCAUGGGGAGUGCGCUGAGACUAAUAAUUAUAUUAGGCUUUAUUUCCUGACUGGAAUUUUUCACAGACUUCGGUUUCUUUAUAAAAGUGCUUAAGUAAAAAAUAUAUCACCAUCUGCCGUGCCUAAAUGGCCUCUUGGUAAUUAUGUGGAACACAGCUGGGAAAAGUCUAACCCCGUUCCGAAAUAGUGGACUCGUCCUAACACUGCCAUGUUGGAUGCGACUGGCUCAGGGCUCUCUGGCUACCGGACUUCCCAGGAAACUUUUUGCCGUUUUCCGUCUUCGCCCAGUCGCUGCAAGUUUAACCUUAUUUUAAAAACGAGUGGGACGUUGCCCUGCAUCCCCGAACGGCAUUAAUUUCUUGACAACCCAAUAUCCCUGGACCUCCGGCAUAAACUACCGGCGUGAGGGGGUCGGAGGAAGGCCUCGGAUGACCGAGGAGUUGUUUAUGUCUCUCUGGCUCUCCCAUAACGAGUUACGGUCGGUGCAUACCUCAUACAUUUAUCCCUGAUAAUGAGCGGACAUCCGUCGCAACGGCGACCAGCAAAUGUCUCGUCCAUACAACUGACACCGCAGGAAAAUGAAUGCCUUUUCAACCACCUUGGCAGGAAAUGUAUCUCCUUGUCCGCAGCAGUGGUCCAGGUGUUCACGGCAGACAGGAACUCCAGCUGGAACAAGAGAUGCUGCGGGGUGGCCUGUCUGGUCAAAGACAACCCCCUGCGGUCCUACUUCAUCCGGGUCUUGGACAUCAAGGAUGGUACGAUAAUGUUUGAACAGGAGCUGUACAACAGCUUCAGCAUCUACGUUCCCAAACCCUACUUCAUCACAUUUGCUGGAGAUACGUGCCAAGUGGGUCUGAACUUUGCCAGUGAGGAGGAGACCAAGCGUUUCCAUAACCAUUUGAUGGAGCUCAUUGGGAAAAGACAAAGGAAAUCUGAGAAGAGACGCGACCCUCCAAAUGGCCCAACGUUGCCCAUGGCUACAAUCGACAUCAAAAACCCGGAGAUCAGCAAUGUCCAACGUUUCCAGAAAAACUCUCAGAUGAACAACAUGGUGCACUCGACCUUCCAAAAGAGGGAGAAGAAGGGCAAGCCGAAGAAGAAGAGGCUGACCAAGGCGGACAUCGGCACACCGAGCAACUUCCAGCACGUUGGGCAUGUAGGAUGGGAUCCCAACACAGGUUUUGAUUUGAAUAACUUGGACCCCGAGCUGAAGCAUCUGUUCGAUAUGUGUGGCAUCUCUGAGGAUCAGCUGAAGGACAAGGAGACCUCCAAGGUCAUCUACGACUUCAUUGAGAAGAAAGGAGGCGUAGAAGCUGUCAAAAACGAGCUGCGGAGACAAGCUCCUCCGCCCCCUCCGUCCAGAGGCGGCCCCCCUCCCCCGCCCCCACACCAUGGCUCUGCCCCACCUCCCCCUCCUCCAGCCAGGGGGCGAGGUGCCCCUCCACCUCCUCCCCCCUCCAGAGCUCCCAUCUCUGCGCCCCCUCCUCCCCCUCCGUCCCGGCCGGGCAUGUCCGCUCCGCCGCCUCCGCCGCCCAGCCGACUCUCUCUCCCGCCUCCCCCUCCGCCAGCCCAUGCCUCAAUUUCUGCUGGGCCUCCCCCACCGCCUCCUCCUCCCUCAUUCGCAACUCCAUUCAGCGGCGGAGCGGCGCCUCCUCCCCCUCCGCCGCCGCCGCCACCUGGCCCUCCGCCCCCUUCCCCCAUGCUGCCCUCGGAGGCUAAUGGCGGGGAUUCAUCCGGCAAGUCGGAACUGCUGACUCAGAUCAGAGGAGGCGCCAGCCUGAAGAAGGUGGAUCAGAAAGAGCGGCCGGUGUCCACCAACACCGGCAGAAACGCACUUCUGGACCAAAUCCGACUAGGAACCAAACUCAAAGUGAGGGACGACAACACAGACGCAUCCCCUUCCACCCCGGCCCCCUCGGCAGGCAUCGUGGGCGCCCUGAUGGAGGUGAUGCAGAAACGGAGCAAGGCCAUUCACUCUUCAGAUGAUGACGAGGAUGACGAUGAGGACUUUGAGGAUGAGGAUGACGAUGAAUGGGAGGACUAGCGAUAGUUUCUUCUUCUCUUUUUUUUUCUCCACUCUCCAGGCCGUGGAUGAUUAUGACACUAAGAUAACUCAAAAAAAGAAAUCUUUGAUUUCAAAAUCCUAAAUGUAAACGUUCCAUCAGUUUGGUGUAUAUUUCUGUUGCCUUUUUUUUAUGAAUCUGUGCAAUACCUCAUGUCAUCUGUAUAUGCUUGUCAUUCUCAUAUCUCCGUCAUGUCCGUCUCUGUCUCCCGAGAGCAAUACUUCUCAUUUUAACUGUUGGAACCUUUUCCAUCUCUCUCUCUCUCUCUCUCCUCCUCCCACAUUCCCAACUCGCCUCCAUCUGUUACUCAGCCAUCUUUCAUAUCUGCUGCCUCCCAUCACUCAUGUCCUCCCCCCCCGCCCCCUUUCCUGUCACUCUCCCAUGUUCACAUCCCACAGAUUAACACGUGCAAUUUUACAUCAAGUUGUCUCUUGAACCUUAGAAUUUAAUAUUUUGUUGUUGUCUUCUUUUGGUCCGUGAUUUGAAGGGAAGGCUUCGUCGCCGCAAAUCUCUCAACAGUCGUUUCUUCAUUUUUUGUCAGGAGGAAAAGAAUUGAACUAUUUUCAUACCCUAUUGCGCUCUAGUUUAUUUUUAGUUUUUCAAAUGAACCUAGUCUAGCAUUCAUAUUUUCUUAAGACUAAGAAGAAGAAAAAAGGAAGAUGCUCUUUUUGGAAUAUUUAGCUUCAUUUGCUGUCGACUGUAAAUUUGCUCCAGAGUUUGAUUCUUGUUAUAUUUUUGCACAGAUUGAAAGGAGACUCGCUGCAUGAAUACAGGACAUAUUUUCAGGUCCUUAUCAUUAUGGGACAUGCGGCUUUAAGUAAUAAGGCACUUGGACAUUAAGCAUUUUUAACCGUUAACCCCCCCACACUACAUAAGUACAUGCAAAGGAGGUAGCCCACAGUUUUAUGGCUGGCUAUCUGUUGGGAAUUUUACUCUAUUUCUUUUGUUGGGUCACUGUCUCGCUCGAGAUUCAGUUGAAAUUGUGCUUCUUUUUUUGUUUCUUUUAAUCUUUUUUUUUUUUUACAUUAGAAAGCAGAGUAUUGAUCAAUGUCUGUUUGUUGGAAUCGGGUCAUCCAUCAUGUUAAACUUAAGUAAUAAAGACAUUUUAGUUCUACACACCCGUUGCUUAUAAGGGGUCCCUAUGCUAAGUUACUGGACAUAAACAUAAAGUAGUAUUUCUCCUGUCGUAGACACUAAGUACUGAUUCAUGGCGUCAUUCAACCAAGUAUCCACAUGUUCUUGACGAGUAAGUCAUGAGGUGUAACGUAGGAAACGUUAAAGCAACUCUGGUCAAUUAUUCUCUCCAAAGACCAGGUGAUCAGGUGUAUUUUUAUUUAAUGGUGGAUUCUUCACACGGGACAAAACAUUAGAGGCCAUCGAUUAAAAAAAAAAAAAAAGGAUUUGAAAAUCUGCUUAUUUAUGACACAAAGACAACUGCAGUGGCAUGACUUGUCCUGGUGGGGUUGAACCAUCCACGUGGAGGCUCUGUGCUUUGCACCCGCUGCAGUGACGAUUGUGUAUGGAAUUAAGCGAGACUGCAUUGUAUUGCUCAUGAAUUCUACUUAAAAUGUGUGAGAGGGAAUGUGCUAAUUCCUCCUCAGGAGUCUCACUUUAAAUCUGAGUGUCGAAGGGCGCCAGAGUCGGUAAACCGCUAACGUCUCUCUCCUCAGCGCGUCAGACUUGACGUGGCCUUCCAGAGCGCUGAGACACAAACGUCUCGCCCUCAGUGUGACAAAUAUCCACGACACGUCAACAGGAGUUUGUUUCUUUGUUCUUUUCUUUCCAAGAAUCUUGGUGCCCUCUCUUUAAAUUAUGUCUGUUAGAGGCACAUUGCCACUUGUUUGAUGUAAGAACUGACCCUCUUGUCAAAUGUCGAGAUACUUUGUGGGGAAACCUUGCCAUGUUGUCACUGGUGUUUGCUUCUGUAGGUGACUCGGUCAAUAAGGACGCCAAGCCUUCUCAAUGAGGCUUGACAAAUGAUGAACUCUUGCAUUGUACACUCCAAUAAAAGGUUGAUAUUUACACA